AUGCAUGACGGCGUUCUGGUCCCAGCUCCAUGUCCGUUUAACGGCCCAGAAGAGACACCGGUAUUUGGUCCUCCUCACUAUAUGGGACCUCACUUUAAUCCACACGAAGCGGUAAUUGGUCCUAACUAUAUUCGAUGUCGGUUAAUUCCAGAGGAACCGGAACCUGAACCGGUACCUGAACCGGAACCUGAACCAGAACAGGAACCUGAAUCGGAAUUAGCUCCUGACUAUGUGCGACGUCCGUUAAAUCCAAACGCACCGGAAUUUGUUCCGAUACAGCUCUCUGAUAUUCGUGAAGGCUUUCGAGCCUGA